CUAUGGCUGAAAAUCAAAAUCCGUUGCGAUGGGGCCGCAGCGCAAAGCACAGCGCUUCGCGCACGUCGCUGCGCGCGAGCAAAGACCUCGGGGCUGCCUUUACCACUGACACGCGAGCCGCCGCGACGCCAUCGCAUAGGCGACACGGUUCCCACUGCUCAACCCCACAUUUUGACAUGAGUGCUACCCUGGCCGACUUCUGCCUGCGGCCGGACGAGACGAAUCAUCGUAGCACUGCUGGGACGGUUCCCCACUGCUCAACCCCACAUUUUGACAUGAGUGCUACCCUGGCCGACUUCUGCCUGCGGCCGGACGAGACGAAUCAUCCGUCGCCUGCGAAGCAAUACCGGCAGUCGCGGCGGCGCGAGGCGCGGCGAGAACCCAAGCAGCGCCGCGAGCCGAUGUACGCCGACGUCGUGGACGUCCUGGCGACGGACGCGGCGGGCCGCAAGUACGGACGACGUCGCUGCGACGACGGCGCGAUGUACCUCGGAGAUUUCGCCGACGACUGUUUGACGCGCGAGGGCUGGGGCAUGCUCGUGUCGCUGAAUGGAGAUACCUACCACGGCGAAUUCCGCGACGGCAAGCCGAACGGCUACGGCGAGAUGCGCUACGCGUCGGGCGCGAGCCACCGAGGACUCUGGGAGAGGGGCGAGAGGAACGGAAGUGGUGUGUUUGUCGACGUCGACGGUGCAGUGAUCGAAACCCUUUGGAAGGGAGACAUGCCCUCGACGGCGGAAUAA